AUGAGUACGAUCGAUGGAUACUACUUGUUUGCUUCAAGCACCGCUGGAUUAGUUGCUCGAACAAUAACGCAUCCUAAUAAACAAUCACUGAUAAAAAUCGUCUUUCCAAACUUGAUUGGCAAGCAUACUUCAUCAACCGAGAAAAUUCAAUCAUUGAAAAGCCUUUAUCGAGGACUGCCCAUCGCUUUACUUUUCUCUGUGCCUGCCGUGUCUAUGUAUCUAUCAUGCUACGAAGCAACCAAGCAAACAUUGAGUACAUCAUACAACAUAGCCCGAGACUCUUCUCUCAAUCAUUUGAUUUCAGGAUGUGCUGCUGAGGUCUCUGGCUGUUUGUUUUUUACUCCUAUGGAAGUCAUAAAAAACCGACUGCAAACACAGCAAAAACAAGCUCGAAUCAACAGUCGUUCUCUAAUCGCCAACAUUUAUAAGACAGAAGGCAUAAGAGGGUUCUAUAGAGGCUAUUGGAUGGGACUCGUUGUGUUUGUUCCACAUUCAAUGACUUAUUUUGUCACGUAUGAGAAACUAAAACAAUGGAUCUUGCCAAAUACAGAUCAUAAUCAUCCUAGUCUGUACAUGGUGUGUUCCAGUAUGGCAGGUGUAGCAAGUGUUUUAGUUUCGACGCCUUUAGACAUCAUCAAAACAAGGUGGCAAAUUUCAGCGGCAGAUCACGGGAAAAUGUAUAGAGAUGGACCAAUUGCCAUUGCAAAAAAUAUGUUGCUUAACGAAGGCCGUGGUGCAUUCACAAGAGGAUUAUAUGCUAGAAUUGCUUGGGGGAUUCCUACCACAGCGAUUAGUAUGACUGUAUUUGAAGUCUUAAAAGACAGCAAAGAGAAACUAUUGAAAUUCUUGUAA